AUGACUAUCAUCACGGACCACAUACGCUCAGCAUGGAGCGACAAGCAAACACAUGUCGUUAUGUUCUCUGCAACCGCUAUUGCGCUCUAUGGCUACGACCAGGGUUUGCUCUCUCUCGUCAACACGAACGAGAACUAUCUAUCUACGAUGGGUAUUGGGAAAGAGUCGCCGAUCGUUGGUGUUGUUGUGGCGGUGUACUAUCUAGGUACUGCAGUAGGAGCUGUACUGUUCUCCUGGCUAGCGGACAGGUUGGGGCGAAAGAAGAGUAUCUUCUUCAGCUUAGCUGCGGCAAGUCUUGGAAACUUGAUCAUGUUCGUUGCGGGUUUCAAGUUCCAGCAGAUAGCACUGGGUGUUAUGCUGGCGGGAAGAGUUAUAAUGGGUCUUGGAGUCGGAGGUAUCGACGCUGUAAUUCCAACGUACUCCUCUGAGCUUGCUGCGGACGAUGCUAGAGGAAAAUCACUAGCACAGGAGUUCCAGUCGAACAUCUUUGGAUUGCUGAUGGCAUUCGGUAUCAACUUGGGCGUCACUUUAGCCCUUGGAAAAUCCAACCAGUGGGCUUGGAGGAUACCGAUUAUUGUCAUGCAGGUGUACCCCGUUGCACUGAUGUCACUCGUGGGGACUCUACCAGAAAGCCCGAGGUGGCUCGUUUUUCACGACAAACAAGAUGAGGCCAAGGCGGCUCUGGAAGAGAUUUACGGUGACGAUAGUGAGCAGCAGUACGAUGAGCUAGUUGAGGCGCAUGAGAAAGAGCAGGGUGAUAGCGUGGGCUACUUGGACAUGCUCAACCCGUACCAUGCGCAGUUCCAUCCAACUGUGGUCACGAUCAUGUGUCAGGUCAAUCAGGCACUGACUGGAUAUGGAGCCGUCUCUGUAUAUGGGCCUCAAAUCUUCCAGCUUCUCGGCUUCGAUACUCGCACAUCCGAGUACCUGACACUUGGCAACUACACUUCUUAUUUCUUCUUGAUGACUUUCGCGUGGCUGCUCAUCGAUGCUAUCGGUCGCCGCAAACUUCUCGUUCAAGGCUCCAUGCUACUGUCGGCUUCCUUCCUCGUACUUACGGUUUUCGGCGGCCUGUCCGAGAAUUCAUCGAAGAUUGACAUCCCGGUUGUCGUCCCUGGCAUCCUCGGCUCCAUUACGCUGUUCAUCGCCACGGGCGCGUUUGGAAUUGGGUGGCUUGCAACGGUCUGGCUAAUUCCUACGGAGAUAUUCCCCACGACUUCAAGAGCCCAGGGCACUGCCAUCUCAGUCGUCAUCUGGGGGUUCGCCAAUUUCGCGAUUACUUUUUUGACGCCCAUCAUGUUCAACAACCUAUCUUACUUCAUUUUCUUGGUGUUUGCCGCAACGAACGCCACCGCCGGAAUAUGGACAUACCUCUAUCUCCCCGAGACUGGUGGUAGAAGCUUUGACGACAAUCAAGAGUUCUUCAAGCAAGCAGGUGAAGCUAAGACGUGGCGCGUAAGCAAGGUUGCGAAGGGUGAAUGGUCCAAGAUGCUCUACCCAGACCCUGAGAGCGAUGGAGAUCGUCUUAUUGACGCAGAGAGGGUGCCUUUGCUAAGGAGGGUGCAGGAUCAGGUACCAAGUGCCGAGUAG